AAACCAUUUUACACAUAAAAGCCAACGAUCCCUCACUCCUUCUUUCUCUCUAUACACUUGCGCUUAGUCUUUCACUUGUAUGGCCGCCAAUUCGAGCAGUCGAGGGAUCGCGAGCUUGGGGAAGCGACUUAUCAACGAGAUCCGAACGCGCGAUUCAGCUCAGCUCUCUGCUCUCACUCUCAGGAGGGCUGCUCACACCUCAAUCUAUGACAAGAACCCAGAUGAGCAGAUUCGACCUAGCGUUGUUCCAGAUGAUGUGAUCCCGCCCCAACCUGACAAGUACUGGGCUCCAAACCCCCACACUGGGGUAUUCGGGCCUGAAGCUGAACAUACUUCUUCCGCAGGCAGGGAGGAAGGUUCCUCCCCAGUGAAUGGUGGUGAGGGAUCCUCGGUGCUGGAGCAGAAGGCUUGGUUCCGUCCUACCAGCAUCGAGGACUUGGAGAAGCCUCACCUCCUGUAACUAGGAGACAACAUAUUCAAGUAUUGAAUACUAUAGAAAUAUAAAUAAAUCGAAUAUAUAGGAGUGCUGCAGACUGCCUAUAUAUAUGUAUGUAUGUUUAGUAUUCUGUGUCACAUAUAGAAUACAAGCAGUAGUACUGGGUUGAUGUUGAUGUUGAUAGAAUCAUAUCAUUCUAUAGUUGGUAGCAGAGCUGGAGCUUACUGCGUUACAUAUUGUAUGCAACUUAAUGGUUAUGUACCUAUGUCUAUGUGCUGUGUAUUUGUACGGUAUCUUUUCUAUGAAAUACAAGGAUAUGCUUGUGACCUUAUUUUA